AUGGACAUCACGUCCCUUUUCAAAGCCUCCGUGAAAACGGUGCGGCUAAAACUGCCACCUCACAGUAUCCCGCAGCUGGACAAGAAUAGAAUACUGCAGAAAAAGAAAUCCACCCAGUCCGAGGUAUGGGGCAAAGCCAAAUCACUGAAGCAGCAGGUCACGUUGCUGAGAAACUUUCUGCUGGAGAACCGGGUGUCCUACAUGCAACUGGCGGAACAUCUAAAAAACUCCGCACCCCAAAUGACGAACGAAGAACGCGACCUAAUUGAUCGGGAAACGGAAAAGACACUAGCGGAUGCGGCGACGUUGAUAGCCGGUUUAAAGCACGAAUGUGCCGCACUUCAAACGGAUAAGCAGGUGAAGGAAUUUUUAAGUCUCGUGAUAGAUAGUUUGUAUGAGUACGCGAAUGGAAUACGCAAGAUCGCACAAGAGCAGAAACAGUUUCGUCACAAGCGUCAAAUGGAAACGCUACAGUACAUUAAGCUGCAGCCUAAAAUGAAAACCGACCCGUACUCAAGACCGCUGGAGACUGUUCCACAAGAAAAGGAGCCUCUUUUACCCAGUACGGGUCGUGUUGAAAAUUUGGACAGCUCUCGCAGUGCAGACAAAUCCAUCACGCAAACAGUUGAAGAGUUGGAAGAUAGCAGCACGUACGAGGACUACGAAAACAAUGACCUUAGUCCGGAAGAUAUACAGAUGUUCGAGUCGGAAAAUAUUCAACUCUACAAUGAGCUAAAAGGGUUGUCGGAAGAGGUAGAACAAAUCCAGCGCAAUGUGGCCGACAUAACACAGUUGCAAGAUAUCUUCACCGAGAAGGUAACUCUGCAAAAUACCGAUAUCGAUCGAAUUGCUACGAAUGUUAUAGGAACGACCGAAAACAUGAAGGAUGCUAACGAACAGAUAAAGCAAGCAAUCCAGCGUAAUGCCGGUCUGCGGGUUUGGGUACUAUUCUUUUUUAUUGUGAUGUCAUUUACGUUGCUUUUCCUGGAUUGGUAUAACGAAUAA